AUGGCGAACCACGAGCCCGCGUCCAUCCGCACCGAGGCCCGGGAGAUUCUAAACCUCCACUCCGACGGCCAGCACGAGGCUGCGCUGGCCCGCGCCGUAGUGCUCGCCGGCAUGCACCCGGGCUCCGCGCUCGCUCUCAACCUCGCCGGCCUCAUCCACCGCUACGCCGCCCUCGUCGCGCAGAACGACAGGGGCGCCUCCAGCGACGACGACGACGACGAGAACGCGUCCGCGCUGGAGAAGUACCACCGCCACGCCGCCCUCGACGCCUACUCCGCCGCUGCGCGGCUCGCGCCCGACUGCGUCGUCACCAACGUCGACCACGCCAUCGCGCUCGCCGACUGCGGUCGCUACGAUGACGCGCGGAAGGAGUUUAUCCGCGUGGUCAACACGAUCGAGAAGAACGACCACGUCGACCCGGUGCUGCACAAUGUGGUGUACGACAUGAGCGGGAACUCCAGCAGGAAGGCGAGAAGGGGCGACGCCGUGAAGUGCGCCAACAACGCCAUGGAGGGCUUCGCGCAAAGAAUCAACCACAGGAUUCUGCCAUUGGAGGCCGCCAAGUUGCUGGACGCCAGCAAUCUCGGCGAGCCUGCCGCCGAUGAAGCGCGAGACCGUGCAAAGUUUCUCGCCGAGGCCUACCCCUACUCGCCGCGCGCCCAGCUACUCCACGCGUACAUCGACUUGGCACCAGUCCGUGCCCUCGAUACGGCAAUGGACAAGAAGAACAAGAAGCAGCUUCUGCGCCGCACGCUCACCAUCGUGUCUCAAGCGGCAGAAAACUUCGACAGCUCGCUCAUGGUUGCCUUGUUCCACGCCAAGCUCUUGUUCGUCCUGGAUGAGUUUGAUGCUGCCGAGGGAGAGUGCCACCGGGCGCUUCGCAUUGAGAAGCCGGAUGACCCAAAUUGGGAUGACAUACCUCCCAUGGCUGCUCUUGGGGCAGAUUAUGAUGCCAGAGUAUCUUAUGUCAAGAAGCAGCUCCAUGUAUUGCUCAAGCAGAUCGUAGUUGUUGCUGCGCUAUACUGGUCCUCUAUGAAGAAUGCGCCGCAGGGCCAACGCGUCGUUUCAGUGACGGUUGACACGCUGAUUGCGCACUAUGAUGGAAUCGACAAGUCGGCAGCAAAGACCAUAUCUGAUGCAAGGCGCUUUCUCAAGAAUCAGGAGUCAUGGAGUUUCUGGAUUUGCCUCAAUUCCCGUUGUGAUGGCAAGAAGUUUUCGGACACUAGUUCUCUCUGGCAACACAUGUGCAGCAAGCACCGGGAUGAGCUCUGGCGGAAGCUGCAGUCAGUUAUAGAUCCAGAAUAUUGUGAAAACACAUCACAGGAUGAUGGCUCGUUGGUUGGGAUAACUCUCAGCCGCCAGCCCGACACCUUCCUUUUACCAAGGGUGCAGGAUAUGUUUGAAUCCUUGCUGCUUUCACCAUCUGUUGGAAUACAGGCAGAGCCCUUCGCUGAAAUGCGACAAAGGAAAUGCAGAGAAGGAUCUGAGAUCCUUGAGAGCAUCAGGGAGAAGCUGAGGAUGUUGCCUGAAGAUACACUUAGCACUGAGUUUCAGGAGUGCAGUUUUGGAGUAGAAAAAUUGUGGCUUAAGUUUCUCGAAGUCACUGUUCUGGACUAUCGUGAAAUCAUUCUUCCCCUUGCGAGAUCGUACCAAUGGAUUGAAUUGAAGAAACGGAUUCCUUUUUAUCUCAAUCAUCCUGGUACUAGGCGUAUUGGAUUUGCUGAUGCCAAUAUUGAUAUUAUAUGCGGUAAAAUUCCUGCUGCCCAAUGA